AUGGAAUGUUCUUCAGCUGCUCAAGGAAGUUCAAAAUGUAGUUCAUUGAUUUCAAAGAAGAAGUGCGAAAUGCAAAAACAGAUGUCUGUUGAAGAUAGUUUUACAUCAAAGAAGAUAUGGGAUAUUUAUGAUGAAAAGUCUAAGCAAAUUCAUAGAAAAAUUGCUAUUAUGAUUGCUUUAGAUAAUCAACCAUUUAGUAUAACCGAGAAUGAUAAAUUUAUUGGUUUAAUGGCUUUUUUACAACCAAGAUACCUAAUCCCAAGUAGGCAUUAUUUUUUGGAGACAGCAAUUCCUCUAUUGUAUGAUCAAAUUAAAAAAAAGAUUUUUAAUGAAAUUGCUAAGUCACAGUACAUAAGUUUUACUUCAGAUAUUUGGACUUGUCCGACAUCUCAUGAAACAUUUAUUUCCUUAUCAGAACAUUGGAUUAAAAAAAAUUUUGAGCACAAAGAUGCUGUACUCUAUGCUUCACAUUUUCCAGAAGCUCACACAGGGAUAAACAUAGCUAGAAAAUUUAUAAAUAUGUUAGAAAGCUGGGAAAUUAAUGCACCAAGAAGACAUAUUUUAGUCAAAGAUGGUGCUGCUAAUAUGUCACUAGGCAUGAUAGAUUUAUUAGCUAAAGCACGUCGAAUAGUAGGCCACUUUAAUCAUUCAUCAAAGGCAUGUACAGAAUUUAAGUUACUGCAACAACAACAAAAUGAAAACACACCUCUACUUUUGGUUCAAGAUGUGCCUACUCGCUGGAAUAGUGCGUACUUAAUGUUAGAGCGACUUCAAAAACUUAAAAGAGCAGUUCAAAUGUAUUUAGCUGAUCAUAAUGAAUUGCCAAAAUUUGCAUCAAAUGAUUGGAAAUUCAUUGAAAAUUUAUUAUAUGUUUUAAAGCCUUUUUAUGAACUUACUAAUGUUAUGAGUUCUAAACUUUGUAGUUUAUCAACAGUAGUUCCAAAUAUAUGUACUUUACAAAGAUUUUUAUCAAAAAUUGAUCGAAAAGAUGAUGCAGUUAAAAUAACAAAACAACUUAUAGAAUCUUUAAAUAAGAGAUUCUUUUCUCAUGAUAAUCUCAAUAUAACAGAUGAUGAAAGAUAUGUUUUACCCACCAUUAUUGAACCUCGCUACAAGCUCAAAUUUCUUCCUGUUGAUAAGAGAGCAAAAGCAAGAUCAAUGCUAUUAGAUGCUGUAGUAAAAAAUCAAAGAAAUAUAACUGGACUUUCACCAGUUGUUAUUAAUAGAGCUACCAGCUCCACCGCCACUAUCUCCAAUCAUUUAACGCCAAAUUCCAAAAAAAAAAAGUUGAUUUGGAAGAGAAUGGCUUUAACUCCUGCUUUUUAG